ACGUGCGUCUCAGCAGCUGCUUUUCUCAAUGAGCUGCGGGGCUGAGCCGGGGCAGAGGCUGCUGCUAUGCGCCUGGGGAGCUAACAGUUACGGACAGCUCGGACUUGGAAGCAGAGAUGAUGAACUGUCACCCAAGCCGCUUAAAGAUUUUCCAGACCGGGAACAAGACAUAAGGCACAUCACUGGAGGGGGAGGACAUUCCGCCGCUAUCACCGGUGCUGGGGAAUUGUAUGUUUGUGGUCAAAAUAAGGAUGGACAGCUGGGAUUAAAUCAUACCGACGAUGUGUCUUGUUUCACCCCGUGCUCCGCGAUCAGAAGCUUGCGUGUGGCCAAGGUGGCUUGCGGAUGGGACUUCACGAUCAUCUUAACUGAAAGCGGUCAAGUCCUGUCGUGCGGAUCCAAUGCUUUUGGGCAGUUGGGGAUACCAGAGGCGGCGAUGUGUUCAGUUCCUACUCCGGUCCAGGGUCUUCAGGAAAAGGGAGCAGAUAUUGCCGCUGGCCUCCGACACAGCCUCGCGCUUACAGAGAACGGACAGACCUUCCAGUGGGGUCAAGGGCUGGCAUCUCACGCACAGAGAUUCGCGCGCGGUAAACCCGUCUCCUCGUUCCUCACCGCCAAGGAGCCUUGCCGCCUCCCAGGGUUGGAAGGUGUCAGAGGCAAGAGAGUUAUUGCUGGGUCAUACCACUCUGUGCUGCUAACAGAAUCUGGAGAAUUGUACGUUUGGGGCAGCAACAAGCAUGGGCAGCUAUUACAAAAAGAAACCUUCGUUCUUCAGCCUCAGCGGGUAGAAUCCCACCGUUUCUCGAGGGAAAAGAUCCAUUCUGCAUGGAGCGGCUGGACGCACAUGGUCGUGCAGACAGAGACUGGAAACGUUUAUUCCUGGGGGAGAUCCAGCUACGGUCAGCUUGGCAGGAAGAUCAGCGUGAAAGACGAGGACGAUCAGACACAGAAGGACUACAUGGAGCCGGUCGCCUCUAUACCAUGCCUGGCAGGAGCAUCCCAGAUCGCUUGUGGAUCUGAACAUAAUUUAGCCUUAUGCGGUAACGAGUUAUAUUCGUGGGGAUGGAAUGAGCACGGGAUGUGCGGUAACGGAUCGGAGACCGACGUAUCGGUUCCGACGGCGAUCCGCCUCCCGGUGUCUCUGGAUAUCCAGCUGAUUGGAUGCGGAGCCGGACACUCCAUGACUCUUGGUAGAACCUCAGGUCAGAUUGUAUGAAAUUAUAUGUCCAGGGGCUGCUCGGGUAAAGAAGAACGUCGGGAACGAACCAUCCACAACUCAUUCCAACGGCGUCAUGUAUCACAUCCCAACAAUGCAAUAAACAGACUUAACCCGA